AUGAUAAUAGAAAAUAAUCAUGUAAAAACAUUAAAAGGGUUCAAAGAAGAAAGAAUAAUUAGAAUAUUGAGUGAUGAAUUAGUUUAUAAUGAAGCAUAUAAAUCAGUUCAAGUCCUAGUUUUGGAAAUGCCUUUAGAAGGUGAAUGGAAAAAAAUGAAUAGUGAAAAAUUUGGUGGAAUUUGUAUUCCACCAGAAAGAAAUCAUGAAAUGGAUCUACAAUUCUUGAAAAAUAUAUUAUCAUCAUCACAUAAUGACUCUUCAAUAAAAAGUAUGGAGGAUAUGGUGGAAGAGUUUAAAGAAACUUACGUGUAUGUUAGAGGUUAUGCUGGGUUUACUGUAGAUAAAAUUUCCCAGAUUUUUCAAAAAUCUGUUCUGAGUUUUCUGGAAUCCAACGAAACAUUGAGAUUAAUUUGUCAAUUACCACAUGAACAUGAUUAUUUCCUAGAACUAGUAGAAAAUAUUUUGAUGAAUGCUUUACAUGAAAAAAUAUUCAUUCAAUCACUAUUACCAAUUUAUCAUUCACAUGACACAUACCUUGAAUCAAUACUGAAUGUCUAUGCAAAUGCACACAUCACACUUAAAGAUUAUGGUGUAUCAGAACGCCUUCAAGAUAUCCCGGUAGAAAUGUUAGAAUCAGCGCGUGAAAUCUUGAAAUUGAUUGAUGGUGAUAACAACGAGUGUGAAUCAACAACUAUUUCAUCAUAUGCAGGAUUAGGAAUCACCAACAUAGAUGAUCAGGAUGAUAAGAAAUUGACGCAUAAUGAAAACUUUUUAGCUUCUAUACCUUCAACAACUCCAUUAGAGAAAUUUAGAUUAAAUCAUUUGGCAAGCGUUUUAUUCUACAUGAGGACUUUUCGUUUAUCAAAAAUUGAGAGAUCGGAAUUAAGCUUUGCUUUGACUACAUUACAAGCCUCGACAGAAUUUAUUAAAUCAGACCCAUUGUCAAUUCACGAUGCUAUAUCCACCACAUCAUCAAUCUCAUCAAUCUCAUCUUCCCAUUCAUCAUUUAAAUUUCCAUCACCGUUAAUCAAUUCAUCUAAUCGUAUACGCAGUCGUGCAACUUCAAUAUCCACACCUUCUUCGCCAAUAAUCUCGUCACAAUUAAAUAAUCCGAAUAUUAACAAUAACGUAUCAACCAAUCAUUCCUCAAAUUAUUCCGUUACAACUCCUACUACAUCGUCACAAUCAUCAUCAAACAAUAGACGUGAUAAAUCACCUGCAAGGUCAUUUACUUCAACUACCAGUUCAAGAACAAGUCCUUCAGCGAUUGUUAAUAGUAAUAGAAAUCGUAAUUCACACAGCGAUGAAAUCAAUUCCUCUUCAUCAUCAUUCACCUCAACCACUUCAAGUGGAAAGUUGUCUUUUGAUAAUUAUUAUUACAAUUCAAAUAAUAAUAGCCCAUUUUGUGUGCCUACUAUAGAAGAUAACCAUCAUGAUGUUCAUCAACCACCGCAACCAUCAGUAAGAAGAAGAAGAUCUUCAAUUGCACCUGGUGGUCUAGUUAUAAAACCACAAAUUUUAUUAGUUCCUUCGCGUAGCCCUCAACCACGUACUAGUAUUGACAAUGAUCAAUUAUAUCAAACCUAUUGA